AUGGGCAGGGGCACGGGCAGGGGCAGCCCGGCUGCUCUUGCUCCCCGGAUUACCUCGCUGCGGGUCUGUGCCCGGGGUGGAGGAGCCGUCCCCCGUGAGGGGUUUGGGGUGCACGCCGGGGCCGUGCCUGAGCUGCCCCCUCGCCGUCCCCCCCAGCUCGCCCAGAAGUACGAUCCGCAGAAGGAGGCCGAGCUGCGGACAUGGAUCGAGAGCGUCACGGGGCAGCAGAUCGGGCCCGAUUUCCAGAAGGGGCUGAAGGACGGAGUGAUCCUCUGCGAGCUCAUGAACAAGCUGCAGCCCAACUCGGUGAGGAAGAUCAACCGCUCGGCUCAGAACUGGCACCAGCUCGAGAACCUCUCCAACUUCAUCAAGGCCAUGGCCAGUUACGGCAUGAACCCCGUGGACCUCUUUGAAGCCAACGACCUCUUUGAGAGCGGGAACCUGACGCAGGUGCAGGUGUCGCUGCUGGCGCUGGCGGGCAUGGCCAAGACGAAGGGGAUGCAGAGCGGCGUGGACAUUGGCGUGAAGUACUCGGAGAAGCAGCAGAGGAACUUCGACGAGGCCAAGAUGAAGGCUGGGCAGUGCGUGAUCGGGCUGCAGAUGGGCACGAACAAGUGUGCCAGCCAGUCCGGCAUGACGGCCUACGGCACCAGGAGGCACCUCUACGACCCCAAGAACCAGAUCCUGCCGCCCAUGGACCACUCCACCAUCAGCCUCCAGAUGGGCACCAACAAGUGUGCCAGCCAGGUGGGCAUGACGGCUCCCGGCACCAGGAGACACAUCUACGAUGCCAAGAUGGGGACGGAGAAGUGCGACAACUCCUCCAUGUCACUGCAGAUGGGCUCCAACCAGGGCGCCAACCAGAGCGGCCAGGUCUUCGGCUUGGGCCGCCAGAUCUACGACCCCAAGUACUGCCCGCAGGGCAGCCAGGGCGAGGUGGCCAACGCUGCCGGCGACCAGAGCGGGGACCCCCCUGGGUACCACUACUACUGUGAGGAGGAGAGCUACUGAGCGGGGCGUCACCCAGCCCCAUCUCGCACCAUCUCGUGUACAGACCCCGCUGCCAGCGACAUUCCAGCCUCUACUUUCGUCAUUCCCUCUUUUUAAACUUUC